GUGAUGCUUCCCGGCGGUGGGACCAUGCAAUGGUGGGCUGCCCUUCACAGGACCCUUCUUGUUGUUCUGCUGCCAGAGACUGGCGCUGACGGAUGAAGGAUUGACGACAUGUGAGGCUUCUUAAGACAGCUAGUCGGCUAUAAGUGGACAGAGCGGACGGCGGGGAGCUUCCACCAACAGAGGGGAUACUUCUGAGAAGAGGAUGGGAGUGUGUCUCCAUAACCCACGUUGACCGAGCAUCAAUAGGAUAUUUUGUAAAAAAAAAAAAAAAAAAAAAAAAAUUAAAUAGAAACGAUCGGUAUAAAUUGCAAUGAAGUGAGUAAGAGUAACUUCGCCAUGAAAUCAGUGUUCUUAAGCCGCUUCUUCAUCCUUCUGCCGUGGGUGCUAAUAGUCAUCAUCAUGAUCGAUAUCGACAGCAAAAGAACGAUCUGGUCUCCGGUGACAGUCCGGGGCAACAGGGCGCACCGGGCGGCCCUGCCGGUCAUCUACGCCAUCACCCCCACUUACACGCGCCCGGUGCAGAAAGCCGAGCUUACCCGACUCGCCCACGUCUUCCGACAGGUGGCCCAGUUGCACUGGAUCGUGGUGGAGGACUCCACGGUGCGGACAGACCUGGUGAGCCGCUUCCUGGCCCGGUCCGGCGUGCCCUGCACGCACCUGCACGUCUUCACGCCCCGCCGGUUCAAGAGCGUCGGGAUGCCGCGUGCCACCGAGCAGAGGAAUGUGGCCCUGGGCUGGCUCCGGCAGCACCGGACGCGCCACGACGCGGGGGUGGUGUUCUUCGCAGACGAUGACAACACUUACAGCCUGGAGUUAUUUGAGGAGAUGCGAAACACUCGAGGCGUGUCUGUGUGGCCGGUGGGGUUUGUUGGUGGCAGAGCAUAUGAGCGCCCACUAGUGUCAGGGGGCAAAGUUGUGGGCUGGUACACCGGCUGGAGACCGGAUCGACCAUUUGCUACUGACAUGGCAGGUUUUGCUGUGAACCUCCACGUGAUCCUGGCUAAUCCGAGGGCGCAGUUCAAGAGGCGGGGCUCCCAGCCGGGCAUGCAGGAGUCGGACUUCCUCAAGCAAAUCACCAAGGUGACAGAGUUGGAGCCCAAAGCCAACAACUGCACUCGGGUUCUUGUUUGGCACACGCGCAGUGAGAAGCCGCACCUUGCAAACGAGUCCAAGCAUGCAAAGGACAGUGUGGUCAUCGAGGUGUGAGCCGUGGAGAAUCAAUUUCAAGCUCUCAACACGUUUCCACUGGAACUUACUAGCAGCAAACUGCCCUUCCUCCUGGUAGUGUUCGUCACUGACAGUCGCUGAGGAGGCACGUCAGUCGAUCCCCGUUUGUUUGUGGGCAAAAGGCGGACUACACCCUCAACAGAUCACCUGUUCAUCCAGGGGAUAUGAAUGCUUGCUGCAUGAACUCCUACAUGACCACAGAGGCACUAAAAAAAAAUAAAAAAUACAAACGGAAUUGUGUUCAACUUGUCCAGGGUGUACACCCCUUCUGCCCGAAUGCAGCUGGGAUAGGCUCUAGCCACCCCUGCAGCCCUAAGAGGGACAAGCGGUAGAAGAUGGAUGGAUGGAUGAAUUGUGUUCAGGUGUCCAAAUGUGUUUUUUUUUUCCUGCAUUACAAAUGAAUGGCAGCAAAUGAUAAUGUGAUAAAAAUGUCAUCAAUGUUGUCCGAUUUGCAGUAUUUGCCAUGAUCAUCCAAAAUUAGUACUUGUACAAACCCUGUCUCCAUAUGAGUUGGAAAAUUGUGUUAGAUGUAAAUAUAAACGGUAUACAAUGAUUUGCAAAUCAAUUUGAACCCAUAUUCAAAAAAGACGGCGCUUAUAUGUUGUUCCAAAACCUGUAUGUACCUUUCAGCAUUAAUGGUGCCUUCACAGAUGUGUAAGUUACCCAUGCCUUGGGCACUAAUGCACCCCCAUACCAUCACAGAGGCUGGCUUUUGAACUUUGCGUUGAUAACAGUCUGGAUGGUUCGCCACCCCUUUGGUCUGGAUGACACGAUGUCGAAUAUUUCCAAAAACAAUUUGAAAUGUGGACUUGUCGGACCACAGAACACUUUUCCACUUUGCAUCAGUCCAUCUUAGAUAAUCUCGGGCCUAGAGAAGCCAGCGCGUUUCUGGAUGUUGUUGAUAAAUGGGUUUCGCUUUGCAUAGUACAGUUUUAACUUGCACUUACAGAUGUAGCGAUGAACUGUAUGUGACAGGGGUUUUCUGACAUGUUCCUGAGCCCAUGUGGUGAUAUCCUUUAGAGAUUAAUGUUGGUUUUUGAUACAGUGCCGUCUGAGAGAUCGAAGGUCACGGUCAUUCAAUGUUGGUUUUCCCGCCAUGCCGCUUACGUGGAGUGAUUUCUCCAGAUUCUCUGAACCUUUUGAUGAUAUUAUGGACCGUAGAUGUUGAAAUCCCUAAAUUUCUUGCAAUUGCACUUUGAGAAACGUUGUUCUUAAACUGUCUGACAAUUUGCUCACGCAGUUGCUGACAAAGGGGUGUACCUCGCCCCAUCCUUUCUUGUGAAAGACUGAGCAGUUUUUUGGGACCUAUUCCCAAUAAGCCUGCACACCUGUGGGAUGUUCCAAAUAAGUGUUUGAUGAGCAUUCCUCAACUUUAUCAGUAUUUAUUGCCACCUUUCCUAACUUAUUUGUCACAUGUUGCUGGCAUCAAAUUCUAAAAUUAAUGAUUAUUUGCAACAACAACAAAAAAAAUGUUUAUCAGUUUGAACAUCAAAUAUGUUGUCUCUGUAGCAUAUUAAACUGAAUAUGGGUUGAAAAUGAUUUGCAAAUCACUGUAUUCCGUUUAUAUUUACAUCCAACACAAUUUCCCAACAUUUGGAAACAGGAUUUGUAGUACCAACAAACAUUACGUUGUAAGUGUACUUACUUACUUACACAUGUCCAGAUUUGUUACGGUCGAAAUAUUAAAAAAAACAUGUCAUGUAAAAUGAGUGUUUAUCCAGCAAGCCAUCUUUUUCAUUUGAAUUAAAUACUUAUGCCCUUCAAUUAAACACAAAUUAAUGUAUGCACCUUAUUUUAUGUUUUUGUUUUUGUUUAGUUUUUUAGUUUUUCCACUCCAUCUUUCUCUGUUAAAAUGAACAUACUUUUAAAAUGUUGUACCGUUCAUAUCUUUGUAAGGAAGUAAACAUACAAAACAAUCGGGGGGUCAAAUACUUAAUGUAUUUUUCACACUGUUCUGUAUGUACUUGACAUUCUGUAUGAUGCAUGAAUUCACUUUUCAUAUGUGUGUCUCUCUUCGUGUGUGGAUACGACUUUGGUAUAGGACGAGAUAAACAGCACAAGUGAGCUGGUACCUAUCCCAGCUGACUUACGGCGAGAUGUGUGAGUAGUUGUGUGUCAAUAUGUGAUUGACACACAACUACACACAACAGCGUCUUGUUCAGAGUCGGCUGGUAUAGGCUGUAGCUCACCUAUGAGCCUGUAUAUAAUAAGCGGUAGAAAAUGAAAAAUAUUGAUUAAUCGAUUGUUAAUUUUCCCAAUUAGUAAUUAAGGAAAUUUAAAAGCCCAUCUACAACCCAGAAAGAAUACAUGUUGUGUGUGAGUAAUAUUACAAGGAAAGCAAUGAAUGAGUUAUGUGAAUGAGUUAUUUUGUCAAUUGAAAAGUAAAAGGGUCCAAACAUUGAGGCUUGUAAGCGUUAAGGACUACUCAGCACCAGUCAAAGAUGUCCAGACUUUUGACAUGAAAUAUAAGCAGUGGUGAGAUAGUUGAUGAUGAUGAUGUCUUCCGAGCUAAUGUUACAUUUUAAGGACAUAUGGCCUGAUCUACUAAGACCUAAACAACAGACCCUGCAAACUAUAAAAUUGUAUGUACUAUUAGUGGGUGUGUUGCGUGUGAUCUAUUAAGACGCGCGUACAGUUCAUGAAAAGUGCAAAAGUGGUGCAGACCACCCUAUUUAAAUAAAAUAUUUGCGUGUGCACAGACUGUCACCAUGGAGACACUCCUUUAUCAAUCAAUGUUUAUUCAUAUAGCCCUAAAUCACAAGUGUCUCAAAGGGCAACAGAAGUCACAACGACAUCCUUGGUUCAGAGCCCACAAAGGGGCAAGGAAAAACUCACAACCCAGUGGGACAUCAAUGUGAAUGACUAUGAGAAACCUUGGAGAGGACCACAGAUGUGGGUAACAUCCCCCCCUAAGUGAGACCAAAUGCAAUGGACAUUGAGUGGGUCUAACAUAAUAUUGUGAAAGUCCAGUCCAUAGUGCAGUGGUUCUCAACCUUUUUUCAGGUAUGUACCCCCUGUUAACAUUUUUUUAAUUCAAGUACCCCCUAAUCAGAGCAAACCGUUUGUGGUUGAAAAAAAGAGAUAAAGAAGUAAAGCACAGCACUAUGUCAUCAGUUUCGGAUUUAUUCAAUUGUAUACCAGUGCAAAAUAAUGCUCAUUUGUAGUGGUCUCUCUUGAACUAUUUGGAAAAAAAGAUAUAAAAAAUAACUAAAAACUUGUUGAAAAAUAAACAAGUGAUUCAUCCAUCCAUCCAUUUUCUACCUCUUAUUCCCUUUUGGGGUCGCGGGGGGCGCUGGCGCCUAUCUCAGCUGAUUCAAUUAUAAAUAAAGAUUUCUACACAUAGAAGUAAUCUUCAACUUAAAGUGCCCUCUUUGGGGAUUGUAAUAGAGAUCCAUCUGGAUUCAUGAAAUUCAUUCUAAAAAUUUCUUCACAAAAAAAGAAAUCUUUAACAUCAAUAUUUAUGGAACAUGUCCACAAAAAAAUCUAGCUGUCAACUCUAAAUAUUGCAUUGUUGCAUUUCUUUUCACAGUUUAUGAAAAUACAUUCAUAUUUUGUUGAAGUAUUAUUCCCCAAAAAUAUUUUUAAAGGAUUUUUUAAUCUUUGCUAUUUUUAGAAUAUUUUUGAAAAAUCUCGCGUACCCUUUGGUAUACCUUCAAGUACCCCCAGGGGUACGCGUACCCCCAUUUGAGAACCACUGCCAGAGUGGAUCUAACAUAAUAGUGAAAGUCCAGGCCAUGCUGCAUGGUUGCGUUCAGUCAUGUUGUUGACAUGCAGCACACAAAUAUUUUAUGUACCAUUGUCUCUAGGUUUUAUCAAAGCACAAUCUAGACAAAAGAACCUACUUUUAGCAGGUUAAAAGUGUGCUCUGGGAGGCGCUGCGGAGUUGUGAUGGUGCGUUUUAAAUGAUCCACCUGCAAUAAAAUGUAUAUUGCAUGUAGGAGAUAGAUUAUAUCUCCUUUGUGAAAAAAACAAACACCUUUAAAAAAACACAGCAGGCACCAAAACCAAAUAAUUGUAUUUGUUUUAAGAAGACCCGUAAGCCAUUCAGCAGCUAUGAAAUGAUACAAUGUCAUUGCUGAAUAGACGAUAUAACUAAUAUUGUUAGUCAAAGCAGGCUGAAGCACGUCUUUGCAGCACGGUCGCCUCCUUUCUCUCAGCCAUUUGUGCAUAACUGUGCCAGUUUGCACAAACAGUUUAAACAGCGGACGCAAAAUGGUUUUAAAUCUUGAUAAAUCGCAUUGGGAGCACUUAAUGAUUAUAGUUGCAUCUCCUCCUCUAAGUAGUGUGGGCUGCCUAAUGAUCAGCAUAUACAUAUUCUGCAUAUUAAUGAAGACAGACACACUAAAUGGAUUGCACAAGUUUAGUCAGCUUUUUUUGUGGUUUAGCGUGUUAUCAAGUUUGUUUGUGUUUUAGCACACGCAAACCUUUAGUAGAUCAGGCCCAUUGUCUAAAAUCAGUGACGUGCGCGAUAGAGGUUCAGGCUUGAUAUAGUAUGGACUCCUUUGAGUUGUUGUUGUUGUUCUUUUUACUUUAAAUGAUUGUGCUCUAAUCAAUGUUAUUACAGGUUAUGCAGGAAACAUUCCCUUUUGGUAAAAGUUUUAGUUUUGAAAUACUUAU